AUGGACGACAAGACAGGUACAUCAGCACCCGUUUCCGUCACUGUUGUCUCGGGUAUUCCCCACGGGACGGUGGUGGUCUCCCUUACGAGGUAUAACAUCAUGGUGAUUGAGCAUGACCAGCUCGUAGUCGAGUUACGGAAUGCGGACGAAGUGUUCAGAGACGUUAGCGACGAAGUGUCUGAUGAUGUUGGUGAUGCAUUAGUUGAUGAAUUUAGCAGCAAAGUACUCAAUGGAGUCAGCGACGAAGUGUUUAGAGACGGCAGAGACCAAGCGUUUAAAGAUGUUAGCGACGAGAUAUUUGAAUGCGUUAUCGACGAAGUGUUGGAGGAUGUCAGUGACUCAUACGACGCUGUGCUCUGUGGCGUCGGCUCAGUGGACAUUGAAGGUCUAUGA